AUGUUAAGGAGAUUAACAGACGCUGAUGACAUAUUAUUAUGGGCAAGCGAUGAUCGCGUAACUCGUACCAUCCGAUGGGAUACUUUGACCACAAAAGAAGAAGCCUAUAAUUUCAUCAAGGAAGUGUGUAUUCCUAAACCAUGGCAUGUAUCAAUAUGUAUCGAUGAUCUAUCCAUCGGAUUCCUUUGGGUAAUCUAUCCAUCAUGGUCGGAUGGUCUUCAUGAUAUUGAAGCUGCAGACAUAGGUUACGCGAUUGCAGUUGAGUAUUGGGAACAAGGAAUUGCUACAAAGGCACUAAAAAUGGCAAUCCCUCAAGUGUUCAACGACUUUUCUGGAAUAGUAAAGCUUGAAGCGUAUAGUGUUUUGGAGAACAAGGCUUCUCGUAGGGUUUUGGAGAAGGCCGGAUUUAACUCCCAACGUUCACUAACAUUCCAUGGAGACUUCAAGGGAUACAAAAAUAAGGUUGAUGUGGUAGUUUACAAAUUACUAUCCACAAAUAUAUGAUGAGUCUUUACAUUUAUGUACUACUAUUUGUUACUUUCAUGUAAAAUUCAGAAACUCACUUAUUUUCUCUUUAACAUAAUAUUUUUCUUCGUACCGAACACACCCUACAUCUAGCUUCAUUUGGCACAAAACCAAAUCUAGCAUCAUAUAGAUUUUAUCUGAGUCAGGGGUGUGAGAGAAGAAUCUCUGAAGAAAAGAUGUACACAACAAUGAUUGAGUUUCUAUCUUAAGCCAAUACGAAUACCAAAAAAAAAUUAAAAAGUAUAUCAUAUACCAUAUCAAAUACCAUAAUAUCAAAAUCACAGUAUCAAAAAUUUCGAUAUGAUAUGAUAAUUCGGUAUAUACCAUAUCACUCCCACCUCUGCUCGCUGUUGAAUUAAUCCAUU